CACGAUAAGAGAUUAUAGCAAAGCAUCUACAAUCCACUCGGUUUAAGAAGUUUUGACCUUCUGGUUGGACUUCUUGCCACAACAGAACAGCACCAUAACCAUGGCCUUCUUCUCCCGACUGGAUCUCCAGGAGGGUCUCCAAACCCUCUCUGUUUUGCAAUGGAUCCCAGUCUAUAUAUUUUUAGGAGCUAUUCCCAUUCUCCUUAUACCCUACUUUCUGCUGUUCAGUAAGUUCUGGUCCUUGGCUGUGCUCUCCUUAACCUGGCUUGCCUAUGACUGGAACACCCACAGUCAAGGUGGCAGGCGUUCAGCUUGGGUACGAAACUGGACCCUCUGGAAGUAUUUCCAAAAUUACUUCCCAAUAAAGCUGGUGAAGACUCAUGACAUCAUUGCCAAUCACCCCCAUGGCGUUCUCUCUCUCGGUGUCUUCAUCAACUUUGCCACUGAGGCCACUGGCAUUGCUCGGAUUUUCCCAUCCAUCACUCCCUUUGUAGGGACCUUGGAAGGGAUAUUUUGGAUCCCAAUUGUGCGAGAAUAUGUGAUGUCAAUGGGUGUGUGCCCCGUGAGUAGGUCAGCCUUGAAGUACUUGCUGACCCAGAAAGGCUCGGGCAAUGCCGUGGUUGUUGUGGUGGGUGGAGCUACUGAAGCUCUCUUGUGCCGGCCAGGAACCUCCACUCUCUUCCUCAAGCAGCGUAAAGGUUUUGUGAAGUUGGCACUGAAGACGGGGGCAUACCUUGUCCCUUCCUAUUCCUUUGGUGAGAAUGAGGUUUUCAAUCAGGAGACCUUCCCUGAGGGCACGUGGCUAAGGUUCUUCCAAAAAACCUUACAGGACACAGUCAAAAAAAUCUUGGGACUAAAUUUCUGUACCUUCCAUGGCCGGGGCUUCACUCGUGGAUCCUGGGGCUUCCUGCCUUUCAAUCGGCCCAUUACUACUGUUGUUGGGGAGCCUCUGCCAAUUCCCAAGAUUGAGAGGCCAAACCAGAAGACAGUGGACAAGUAUCAUGCACUCUACAUCAGUGCCCUGCGCAAGCUCUUUGACCAACACAAAGUCGAAUAUGGCCUCCCCGAGACCCAAGAGCUGACAAUUAUAUAGCAGGAUCCACAUUCCCCAUUAAUAAACCCCUAAAGCCAUGGGAUCCAAGAAGAGCCAUGGGAAAAGAAGAAUUCGGGGAGAGGGAAGGAUUGUAAGGAUGAGAGAGCUUACAUCCUAUUUCUAGAACUCUCAUUUAUUAAAUAAUUUCUGGCUUGGAAAUUAUUAGUUCUAGCAAUACAGUCCUCUCCCAAGUGGCUAAGGCAGGCUUAGGAGAAAACCAGAGGGGCAGUGGAGGACUGGGGAGGGCUGGUCAGCCAGAGAAGUUGGCUCUAUCACCACUGGUUAUUCUAGGGCAAUGACCCAGUUUGGGAGUUUUAUGAAUCACUCCAGCCAACUCUCUGAUCACAAGAAUACUG